AGAGGAUUCAAGAAAUCUUUCCUUACCAGAAGCGUGAAGUAAGAUGGCACAGUUCAAUGCAGGUCAUGUGGUGAUAAUGUCCCAGCCUACCUCUGCCAGGCAAAACAACUGGGGCACUGGACUGUGCAGCUGUUUCGAUGAUGUGGGAGUAUGUUGCUGUGGGACGUUCUGUACAAUUUGCCUUGGCUGUCAGGUUGCAGGGGACAUGAACGAGUGUUGUCUUUGUGGGACUUCCAUGGCUAUGAGAACCCUCAUCAGGACAAAGUACUCCAUAACUGGAAGUCUCUGUAACGAUUGGCUGAUAACCAUGUGUUUCCUCCCUUGUUCUCUCUGCCAACUUAAAAGGGAACUAAACAGUCAUCACUGAUAUGAUCAGUGU